AUGCUGGCCAAGCCGAACGUCCUCGUGUUGAGACAGCACCGCCCUGGAGACAUCGGGCACAUCAUCAGCCGGCACGCCAUCGUCUACUUCGACGACUAUGGCUGGGACGAGCGCUUCGAGGCCAUGGUCGCACGCAUCAUGGCAGAUUUUGUCGACCAGUAUAACCCACAGAUCGAGCGCAGCUGGAUUGCAGAGCGAGACGGCGUGUUUCUCGGCUGCGUCUUCCUCGUGAACGACAAGGACAUGCCCGAGACGGCGAGGAUCCGAGCACUGUUGGUCGAGCACGGCGCGCGGGGGAUGGGUCUGGGCGGGCGAUUGGUGCAGAACUGCAUCGACUUUGCCAGGGAAGUCGGGUACAAGGACCUGGUCCUCUACACAAACAGCCUCUUGACGCCGGCGAGGAAGAUAUACAGGGCGUUCGGGUUCCAACUGGUGAGGGAGGAGGAGUCGCUGAGUUUUGCGCCCGGUACCAAGGCGGAGACGUGGAAAAUGGCUCUGUGA